UAGUAAAAAAAUGGACAGUUUUCAAGUUAAAUAUCUUGGAGCAAUACUGACCGUUCUUGUGAGCAGAUUCUCAGAAGUAGUGUGUGCAGGAUGUAACACUCCAGUAUCUACUUCCGGAGUUCUUAAUGUCAACCAGGAUGUGACCGCUCCCUCUAGCAAACCUGGAUAUUCAGCAUCGGCUGUUUUCACAACCGGUUGGUGUGCAAACUCACAAGACGACAAGGUACUGGAAAUCAACUUCCCUAACAGUCAUGGCAUCAAGGGAAUUGUUGUUAAGCGCGUGGAUCAGACAAACUACCCAACACGAGUCCUAGUCAAAUAUGUCCCCAACGGGGGAUCACAAAUCCAGGACAUUCCGGUUCCAAACGGACUUGUGCUGGAACUGAAUACUUCACUCUCAGAAUCUACGAUAAAUUUUAGCUUAGGAAUUGCCGUCAAACGUUUACAGUUUACAGUAACGGCCUUCACCGGAAGUACUCCAUGUUUGAAACUUGAGUUGCUGGGGUGUCCAAUAAAUGAGUUGUGUCCGGGCGGUUGCAUGAAUGGUGGUGUUUGUCAAAUGGAAAACGCAUGCGCAUGCCCCGCGGGGUCCUCAGGCACACACUGUGAAAUCAAAGACUGCACACCCCUCCCUCUUGGUUUGUCUAAUGGGGGAAUUCCGGAUUCAAGCGUCACUGUGUCUUCACAGGAUUCACAUUACACAAAGGACCAAAUUGGAAAUGCGCAAACCAAUGAGGGAUGGUGUCCUUCAUCAGCCGAUAAGGCGCCGUGGGUCGAGGUGAAACUGAGCAAACCGAUGGCUGUCAGUGUUUUUGAAUUUAAUUUCGUCAAGAGACAUGAAAACGACGGAGGACGAGCAUUCAUACAGGAGUUUGAUCUGCACUACAUUUCGCCUUUGGAUUCUUCCAAAUCAUGCCGAUCCUUCGCAAGUAAUAUCCCAGCAUUGAACGGAACGCAUUAUUUUACGGUGAUGACCAGCCCUGUUAUAGUAACAGAUACUGUCAAGAUUGUUCCAGCAGCUUGGGAACUACGAGCAUGCUUUAAACUUGAAUUGAAGGGAUGUGAUCCAACACAGUUAUGUUCGACGAACUUCUGCCUCAACGGUGGAACCUGUAUGGGAGAGAACAUCUGCCAAUGUCCAAGUGGAUUUGUGGGGACUAAAUGUGAAACGCCGACCAACAACAUUCAGCAGAUAAGUCUUGCAUUCGUCAACAUUACCAACAAUAUUCUCAUCACCGCAAGGCAAUCGUUCCAAUUCCAAGUCCACGGCAACGUUCAUAUUCAAACUGUAGCGGGACAAAAGGACCCUGUAAUAUCCAUAAGCGGAACAAACAGCUACAUUCAGAUGAACACGACGUCUGUCUCUUGCAUAACGGAUAUUGCCCACUGUACAUCAGGGUUCACAUUCAGAGUAGAUGCCAACUUUGUUCAGCUUUUGGACAACACUUUCAUCAUUAACAGUGGUGGGCACCUUCCCGGCCACAAAGGAGUGGCCUUGUACUACUCCCACAACAAGCUGUACUACAUUGUUAGUACCUCCACACUCACGUGGACCCUGAUCGUUAACUACAAGCCAGUUUUGAACGUAUGGCAACACUUUGAGAUAACAUGGAAUCAUAAUCUCGGAGUCGAAGUUCUCGUCAAUGGCCAUUCUCUUGGUACAGCUAGCAGACCCGUUCCUGGAGGUGGAACAAUAACAUUACCGCUGUGUGUUGCUUGUAGCCAUACGCAAACUACAGUCAACGUUAACAUGCUGGUCACGGGGAUUAUUUCUUGGACAAUCGACAGGAAUGAGCUUGUAAAUGCAGGAGUAAAGCCAGGUAUUGGACUUUGA